AUGGUAUCAAGUUUUCGUGUUUCUGAACUACAAGUGUUGUUGGGGUUUGCUGGACGUAAUAAAAGUGGGCGGAAACAUGACCUUCUAAUGAGGGCCCUGCACUUACUGAAGAGUGGCUGCAGCCCAGCAGUUCAGAUAAAAAUCCGAGAACUCUAUAGGCGUCGGUACCCAAGGACGAUUGAAGGACUUUCGGACUUAUCGACUAUAAAACCUGCUGUUUUCAAUUUAGACAGUAGUUCCUCUCCUGUUGAACCUGACCUGGCUGUUGCUGGCAUUCACCCGCUCCCUUCUACGUCGGUCACGCCUCAGUCGCCUUCGUCACCUGUCAGUUCGGUGCUCCUCCAAGACACUAAGCCCCACUUUGAGAUGCAGCAGCCAUCCCCUCCAAUUCCACCUGUUCAUCCUGAUGUCCAACUGAAAAGCCUGCCUUUUUAUGAUGUGCUUGAUGUGCUCAUAAAACCUACAAGCCUAGUACAGAGCAGUAUUCAGAGGUUCCAAGAGAAGUUUUUUAUCUUUGCUUUAACACCUCAGCAGGUCAGAGAAAUCUGUAUUUCCAGGGACUUCUUGCCAGGAGGCAGGCGAGAUUACACAGUCCAAGUUCAGCUAAGGUUAUGCCUAGCAGAGACAAGCUGUCCUCAAGAAGAUAAUUACCCUAAUAAUUUGUGUAUUAAAGUAAAUGGGAAGCUGUUUCCAUUGCCGGGCUAUGCUCCACCACCAAAAAAUGGAAUUGAACAGAAGAGACCUGGGCGCCCCUUGAAUAUAACAUCUCUAGUUAGGUUGUCGUCAGCAGUGCCAAACCAGAUUUCCAUUUCUUGGGCUUCUGAAAUUGGAAAGAAUUACUCCAUGUCUGUGUAUCUCGUUCGCCAGCUCACUUCAGCAAUGCUUUUGCAGAGGUUAAAAAUGAAAGGUAUCAGAAACCCUGAUCAUUCCAGAGCGCUAAUUAAAGAAAAACUGACUGCAGAUCCUGAUAGUGAGAUUGCCACAACCAGUCUGCGGGUUUCUCUGAUGUGUCCUCUGGGAAAAAUGAGACUGACAAUCCCAUGCCGGGCUGUUACUUGCACACACCUGCAAUGUUUUGAUGCUGCUCUUUAUCUUCAAAUGAAUGAAAAGAAGCCUACCUGGAUCUGCCCUGUCUGUGACAAAAAGGCAGCUUAUGAGAGCCUGAUCUUAGAUGGGCUCUUUAUGGAAAUCCUUAAUGAGUGUUCGGAUGUGGAUGAGAUCAAGUUCCAAGAAGAUGGCUCGUGGUGCCCCAUGAGGCCAAAGAAAGAAGCUGUGAAAGUCUCAAGUCCACAGUGCACCAAAAUAGAAAGUUCCAGUGUUGUUAGCAAACCGUGUUCUGUGACGGUGGCCAGUGAAGUAAACAAGAAGAAAGUUGAUGUUAUUGACUUGACAAUAGAAAGCUCUUCUGAUGAAGAAGAAGAUCCUCCUGUCAAAAGGAAGUGCAUAUUUAUGUCUGAAACACAAGGAAGCCCAACCAAAGGGGUUCUCAUGUAUCAGCCAUCUUCUGUCAGAGUGCCCAGCGUGACAACGGUCGAUGCUGCUGCUAUUCCUCCUUCGUUAACAGACUACCCAGUACCAUUCCAUCACCCGCCAAUAUCCAGUAUUUCAUCAGACCUGCCAGGUUUGGAUUUUCUAUCGCUAAUUCCAGUUGAUUCACAGUACUGUCCUCCUAUGUUUUUGGAUAGUCUCACCUCAACCUUAACAAGCAGCACAUCUGGCAGCAUCAUCACAUCAACCAGUCACCAGGAGAGCAGCACACACGUUAGCUCCUCUGGCAGGAGCGAGACGGGAGUGAUAACCAGCAGUGGAGGCAGUGCUCCUGACAUCAUCUCACUGGACUGA